AGCUUCAGAUAUACGCAGCCAGAGAACUCAAUGCGGGCGGAAGCUGCCAAGAAUUCAGCUCGGAGUCGAGCGAGAAGAAAGAGGCUGCAGGAAUCGAGGCAGAGCGUGCUAGCUGAUGAGGAAGUGGAACUCUGGAUGUCCGCCACCGUCGACCUCAUGUCUGACGAGGAAGAUGGCGUCGUUGGCGGGGUCUCUGGAUGGAUUGUACCGCCGUCAUUUCGUAGGCCGGAUCUCUCUGAACUCUGUGUGAAGCUGCAGUCCCGGUUAGAGGCGACGCCGAAGUACAGAGCCAUGCACAGCAGGCGUCUGCACAUCGGACCUGCCUCGGAAAGAACGCCGCCAGCAGUUGCCUACAACCCAGAGGAGGCGCACGGACAGUUCACGGAGUUAUAGUUUUUUGGAUACGCAUGUGUGGGAAGAUCCUCGCGUUGUAUAUAGUUGUGUGUGUGUGUGUGUGUGUGUGUGUGUGUGUUUUAAUAAAG